CCCACACAGUCCGUGUGCAGCCGGCAGCCUUGCGGAGCUCGCUCGGCCCCCGCUCUGCCCGGCCCGCAGGUACGAGCCGCCGAGGGACGCGCGGCCCGGCUUCCCCGCUCCCGCCGCCCGCUUCGAGGGCUCACUCACAGCCACCAUGAGCGAGGCCUUUGACUGUGCAAAAUGCAGCGAGUCCCUGUAUGGCCGCAAAUACAUCCAGACGGACAACGGCCCCUACUGUGUGCCCUGCUAUGACAGCACCUUCGCCAACACCUGUGCCGAGUGCCAGCAGCUUAUCGGGCACGACUCCAGGGAGCUGUUCUAUGAAGACCGCCACUUCCACGAGGGCUGCUUCCGCUGCUGCCGCUGCCAGCGCUCCCUGGCCGACGAGCCCUUCACCUGCCAGGACAGCGAGCUGCUCUGCAAUGACUGCUACUGCAGCGCCUUCUCGUCGCAGUGCUCGGCCUGCGGCGAGACCGUCAUGCCCGGGUCCCGGAAGCUGGAAUACGGAGGCCAGACAUGGCAUGAGCACUGCUUCCUGUGCAGCGGCUGUGAACAGCCGCUGGGCUCCCGUUCCUUUGUGCCCGACAAGGGCGCUCACUACUGCGUGCCCUGCUAUGAGAACAAGUUCGCUCCUCGCUGCGCCCGCUGCAGCAAGACGCUGACACAAGGUGGCGUGACCUACCGUGACCAGCCCUGGCAUCGAGAAUGCCUGGUCUGCACAGGGUGCCAGACGCCCCUAGCAGGGCAGCAGUUCACCUCCCGGGAUGAUGAUCCCUACUGUGUGGCCUGUUUUGGAGAACUCUUUGCACCCAAGUGCAGCAGCUGCAAGCGCCCCAUCACAGGACUCGGUGGAGGCAAGUAUGUGUCCUUUGAAGACCGCCACUGGCACCACAGCUGCUUCUCCUGUGCCCGCUGCUCUACCUCCCUGGUGGGCCAAGGCUUUGUGCCCAACGGAGACCAAGUGCUGUGUCAGGGCUGCAGCCAGGCAGGGCCCUGAGCCAGGACUCCUGGGCCCAGG